GCAUGAUUCUAAUCUGCGGUUUCAAGUGUGGAGUAUGUAGAACUGUGUCAGGUCGAGGAAAUAGCUGAUAGUGCUAAAUGAACAGGAUCAUGUGACAGUGCCGUACUUCAAACUGUACUGUAUGUCAUAUAACAUAUACCUGCAUUUCGUUGAGCUUCUCCUCUCAGCCAGAAGAAGAAAAUGGGUAAACACCUUUGUGUGAUGGUGUUACUCUUAACUCAAGUGUUUGUGGGACUAUAUGGAGACAUUAUACAACUGCAGACAGUUAUAUCAGCAUAUGAAGGAGAUAAUGUGGUUUUUCCCUGCUUAAUUAAAACAAAACAAGCAAGUAUGGCAUUGUGGUACAAGCAAGUCACUGGAGGAGAACCACGUCUCAUUGUUUCCUCACUUCUCCAUUCAUCAAGAAGCCAAUUUCAAGAUGAAUUUAACAGCAAUCAUUUUGAAGCUGUAAGAGGGACUGACAGUUUUAAUCUGACAAUUGUAAAUGCCUUACAAUCAGAUUCAGGCACAUACUAUUGUGCUACAUCUUUCUCUAAUUUAAUUGAAUUUGGAAAUGGUACUCAUCUGGUUAUUAAAGGAGCAGAAAUCAGCAAACCCACGAGUCUAAAGUUGCCCAAGACUGAACUUGUUAAAUCAGAGGUAAACGUGCCUCUACAAUGUUCAAUCCAAAAUGAAACAGUUAGCAGUGGAGGUGAAAAUCAUCUCUACUGGUUCAAACAUGGAUCAGACGAAUCUCCUCCAGGAUUCAUUCAUGUUCAUGGAAACACAAGUGAUGGAUGCGUGAGGAGCUCUGAAGCUGACUGUCUUUCACCGUCCUGUGAAUUCAUCCUCCCAAAGAAAAAGAUCAGUUCCUCACAAACGGGAAUUUACUGUGCACUGGCCACAUGUGGGGAGGCUUUAUUUGGAAACAUUUAUAAACACAAUCCUGACAACUUCAAUAACCAGAACACACACUUACUCUUUGUAAUUGUCCUUACGGUGCUCCUGACAACAAAUAUUACCAUCAGUAUUCUUCUGUGUUUGAUGAGGAUACAUGAGUCUAUUAAUGCAAUAGAAAGCACAUAUAAGCCGAUCCAGACUACUGAUAAUGAUGUGUCAGUAACUGAGUAUAAGGAAGAGGAAGUCAGCUUUUGGUCUUCAGUGCUGAAAGAGUGAAAAGAAACACCAGGUUUAAGGACAUAUGAUAUUUGGGUUUGACAAAUGAAGACCAUAGUGAAACAUUGUUGUAUAUUUGCUCAUAUUAAUCAUUAAAAACAUAAUUAUGAGUAAUUUAAGUAUUCCAGUUAUUUUCGAUAAACAGAAUAAAUUGUGUUCAAGUAGUUAUUAAUGGGCUGUACUGUAGCCAUUGUAAUGAUUGAAAAACCAGACAAACGAAAUAACUUCCAAAAUGUAAUCGAAAUAAUUACAUGCUGUAUAAUAAUUUUAGUUUGAUUUGGUCAUAUAAUAAACAGUAACGGCUAUUACAGUUUACAUUGAAACAUUCUUUGACAUGCCUUAAUCUUGUUGAAUGCCUUUCUAAUGCCUGGAUGUCUUUACAUUUUCUUAAUUAUAAAAAAAAAAAAAAAAAAAAUCGUCGUCAAAAUGAACACGGAUUAAAAUGAAACUGUAGAAGUUAUACAAUUCAUAUUACAGAUCUAUAUUUAACAGCCAUAGAAAAAACAACCAACCAAACAAAAUAAUCUAUUUAAUACAACACCAGGAAAUAUGUAAGUAAAUAAAUAAAUAAAUAGAAAAGUAUAUAAAAAAAAAACUGCUGUUACCAUCACUACUCAGCUUGUGACUUGCAAACAUGACAAUGCACCAGAACAUUGACUUAUUAACCAUUCAUGCACAUAUAAAUGUAUUAUCAUUUAGAAGAUGCAAAUUAAGCUUACACAAGCGAAAUUCAUUAGGUGUUUGUAAAAUGGAACAUACCAUAACAUGAAGUUCCAAAGCUUCCCAAAAAGCUGCCCUUUCUUUCCCACAAUUAUUCUGAUCAUUAUAGUGAUCGUCUUGUAAUCCAUAUUUUGAUGACAUUAUUAACCAACUUACCAAGCAUACCAUUUUAACACUCAUUUCAUGGAAAAUCUUAGACAUAAUGUUUGCCCAGUACACUUGUAAUUGCUACCAAAUCAGACUCAGCAGUGAUAAAGUUAGUAUGCAUGCUGUAUGGCACAAAGGAGUGUCAUUCAGUAAUUUUUACUUUGGGUUCAUUUGUCAUGAAAGAACUGUGUGCCGCAUAACUCAGAAUGUCUUCACUCUAUAAUAAUGAAAGAUCAGAGACUACAAUGUCACAUAAAUGUAAAGCUGAAUCUUAAGAAGGCACUUAAGCAUAAUUAUUUGCACUUAAUAAGACUGACCGUAUAAUUCUAAUAAAUAAAUACA